CUGUGAUUAAAGCCUGCUUUCCAUUUGCGACUAGUCGCGCAAGACGACAAAACCUAUUGUCGAAUAUGACAUAAUUUUCAUCAGACGACAGAGCAGUCUUGUGAGACUAUAAAACAUGGAUGUGGAAUAUAUACGUGCUAUACCCACAUGCAGAACAAUCGCGUUACUGAACGUCAUUUUGCUGCUAGAAUGUACGAUUAGUCACAAGUGGAAAAGAGCCCUAAUUCCUUUCAAAGUGUUUUAUAGCUGUCAAUUAAUGUAAACAGUGAAGCGGCAAUAAGUGGGAAAAUCAGUCAUAGUCUAUUUAUAUAAUAUAUGUUAGUAAAUUUCAAAAGUGACAAAUUAUAUAUGGAUCUAUAAUGUAUGAAUGAAAUGUAGGGAUUGGAAUAGAAUAUAUUCUGUAGCUAAAACUUUAUAGUAAUUUUAAUGGAGAUUUAUUAGAUAUUUGUAAUUAUGACUAAUAGAAAACCGAACAAUUUUUAUAAGAACAAAUGGUAUCUUGGUAAAAAGAAGUCAUCAAAAUCUAAAAAGAAUUACAAUGACAAUCAAAAUGAUGAAAAGAAAUAUCAACGUUUGGACCCUAUUGAAACAUAUAAUUUAUUAAACGUAGAUAAUACUUACGUAGAUUUCAAUAUUCCAUAUUAUGGAUGGAAGCUAUUUUUUUCUGAUGAAGUUUAUAAAAAUGAUUCUGAUACUGUUAAAAAAAUACAAAUAGCAGAAAGAUUUAUAAAUAGACAUCAACGAUUGUCAACAUUACUUUCGUUGGAAAAUUUAGAAAAUGGCAUAAUUUUUAUUAUUGACAUAUGUGAAUUAUACAAUGAUAAAAUUUUUAUGGAUGAAUGGUCUGAUUUUAAGAAAGAUAUAUAUGAAAAUCCAUUGCAUAUCUUAAAUUCUUUUAAAUUGGCUGUACAUCAGCAAAUUUUAAAUACAGUACCACGAGAAAAUCUAAGCUCUGCAAAUAUUAUAAGUACACUUUCUACUGUUAGAAUAAAAAUAUUAAAUUAUCAACCGAUUAUGUGUUUGCAAGAUUUGAAAGCAAAUUCUUACGGGAGAUUAGUAUCAAUUAGAGGCUGUGUAAUAAGAGUAGGCCACAUAAAACAUCUUGCGCAAUGGAUUAUGUUCGCUUGUCGUAAAUGUAAUUUACAGAAAAUAGUGAAACAGCCAUUAGGAGUUUAUACAGUUCCAAGAAUAUGUAAUACAUGUGGCAUAUCUAAAUUUCGUGUGAUAUUAGAUUCAUCAUUGGUGAAAAGUAUCUCAUUUCAAACAAUUAAAAUACAAGAAAUUUCCAAUAACGAUCAGAACAGUAAAGGAAGUAUGCCUAGAAUGAUUGAUAUCGAAUUAAUGGAUGACUUAGUCAAUACUUGUAUGCCUGGAGAUGAUAUUACUUUAACAGGAAUUAUAAAGGGUAAUAAUAAUGCAAAGUCUCGAAAUAAAAUUUCAUUUUCUUUGUACAUGGAAGCUAUUACGAUAAUUAAUAAUAAACAAAGACUUCAGGAUAAAAAUAUCAUAAACAAUGAAAUGUCAAUAAAGGAUUAUUUAGCAAUAAAGGAGGUAUAUAACACACCAAAUAUUUUUCCGCUGUUGGUACAUUCCUUAUGUCCAAGUAUAUAUGGUCAUGAAAUUGUCAAGGCCGGACUGAUGUUGAGCUUAUUUGGUGGAAAUGUAGAAAACUCAGAAUCACGAGAAAAUAUUCAUGUAUUAGUAGUUGGUGAUCCUGGUCUUGGAAAAUCGCAAAUGUUACAAGCCUGCGAGCGAAUUUCUGUCAAAGGUGUAUAUGUGUGUGGAAAUUCAAGUACAUCUUCUGGUUUGACAAUAACGCUAACAAAAGAAAAUAAAAAUAAUAAAUUUAAUUUAGAACCAGGAGCAUUAGUUUUAACAGAUAGAGGCUGUUGUUGUAUUGAUGAAUUUGACAAAAUGCAUAAACAACAUUCGGUUUUAUUAGAAGCUAUGGAACAACAAAGCGUAAGCAUUGCUAAAUCAGGAAUAAUAUGUUCUCUUCCUGCUAGAGCAUCAAUUCUUGCAGCUGCUAAUCCAAUUGGUGGUCGAUUUAAUAGAACUAAAACAGUACUGCAAAACUUAAAAAUGAGUGUUCCUCUCUUGUCACGUUUUGACCUAAUAUUUUCAUUAUUAGAUGAACCGAAUAAGCAUAUAGAUGAUUUAUUAUGUAAUCAUGUUAUGUCAAUUCAUGGUGAUUUCAACACAACUAAUAGUGUGCAAAGUAGUACAUCUCAACAUAUAAAUAUAUCACAUACAACUAAACUUUCAUUAAGAGAUAGACUGAAAGUUCCUAUAGCAGAAAAUACGAAUAUCAUUCCACAGUCAAUUCUCAGAAAAUAUAUUGCGUAUGCACGGCAAUAUGUUAAACCAAAGUUAACUAAAGAAGCAGCUAACAUAUUACAAAAUUAUUAUUUAGAGCUUCGAGAUCAGAAUAAUAAAGUUGGUGGUUUAUCUGUCUGUAAUAGACAAUUAGAAGCUAUGAUACGAUUAACAGAGGCUAGAGCAAAAUUGGAAUUACGUACAGAGGCAAUAGAAACAGAUGCUUUGGAUGUGAUAGAAAUUUUACAACAUACGUUUGAUGACAAAAUUACAAAUUGCCAAUCCUUAAGUACAAAAAAUAUAACUAAUCGAAAAAUUAAAGAAUUUAUAAAGAUAUUAAGAAAAGAAGCAGUUUCUAACAAUAGUAAGAUAUUUUCUAUGAAAAGAUUGCGUGAAAUCGUGUCGGAUAAGAAAAUUUUGAUGAGUGACUUCUCUGAAUUUAUUGGGAAAUUAAACGAAAACGGCAUUUUAUUGAAAAUGGAUAGUAAUACGUUCAAAUUUAUUUCUUUAGAUUAAGUAUAUAUAUAAUGUUUAUUAUAUUAUUUCAUUGUGUUUCUCAAGAUCUAAGUAAUUUAUGUUGUUACACUAAUUUUAGGACACUGUAAUUGUAAUAAACAAUAAAUAAUAUUUUGCAGUGAUCAGCAUUAAUGA